UCGAUACCUCAGACUCCCUGGAGGUAGUCGAUACCUCAGAUUCUCUGAGGCCGCAUACAAUGGAGAGGGAUGAACUGCGUGAGUGGCGUGCACUUCGUGAAAGUCAAGACAAGAAAUACCUUCCGAGACUGCGAGCUGACCAAGACCGAGACCAGGCACAACGCAGAGAAGCUGAUUUAGAGAAAAGACGCAAAGAGGCUUUGGAAAGAAGGCGUCUCAAUUUGAGCAGACUGGCUGAGCCACAGGAUGGCAUCCCACUUCAAUUAAAGUAUCCUGAUGGCCAUAUCAUUAGGAGAAGAUUUUACCUCACACACCCAAUUCAGCACCUGUUUGACUUUGUUGGCUCGGAUGAGAUGGCAACAGAGGUGUUCUUCAUCCAGAGGGCCAUGGCGCCACGAAUCAGGAGUACGAUAAUGGGCAGAAUAAUGGAUUACAUCAAUGAGUCCUGCACCGUUUUUGUAACCUGGGAUGAUGUAAUUGACAUCACAGACAUUGAUCACACCCUGGUUCCUGAAGAGAACAUGCAUGAGAACAACUCAUCUGGGUACUUGGAUAGAACUGUCGGCUCACCAGAUUUUACUCAUGUUAAUGACACUAAUGGCACUAAUGAACCAGAUCUGAAAACAUUACUGGCCACCCUAGUAUCGAAUGUAUGUAUUGAAGAGACGCCUAGCAGUAACAUGAUAAAUAUAUGCAGACAAAACGUAAUGAAUGGUGCUGUGCAAGCCUUUGCAAGGAGAACCUUUACCCCAGAGGCCAAAUUAAGUGUUGUAUUUAUGGAUGACUUCAAUCAAGCGGAGGGUGCAGUGGAUGAGGGUGGGCCUAAACGGGAGUUUUUCAAACUCCUUAUGGUAGCUCUCAAGGAACGCUCUCUUUUUACAGGGCCACAGAAUAAUAAGAAUCUGUCUCUGGAUAGCCGUGGUUAG